CAUGAGAUAACCGUAACACCCGAGAGUUUCUAAUCUCGGAAACGCCACCCCACUGCGUACUGUGUUUCCAAGAACUCGCGCGAAGGAUCUUCUUUGUUACCGAUGAUGCUGCCCAGUUUGUAACUUUGUUGUUGUGGGUGGUGAUAUCGGGUGCGCAAGGGCUUACAUGUGUGGUGGCCGUCGCCGUUGGCAAACCCCGGCAGAACCCAGGGUUAUGCGUGUUUUAAUUGAAUUUAUGCCUCGAGGGGCCGCGCUCACUAUUCCCAGAACGUCAUCGAUUUUUCCAUUCUGAACGGAACAAGCGUUAUCGAUAGUUUCGCUGGCAUCAUCGUAAUCAGCGAGUGAGCGAAGAUCGCGCUCGAAAAGCGUGGGGCGGAACAGUUGAAUAUGGAUCAAGUUGCGGAAGUAACUGUGCCUCGCACGUUAAACCGUAACGCUCUAGCGGGACCGGUGGAGGAGGGUCUUUGCUGGUUGCUUACUUGGAGCAUUUUCUGAAAGGUCGGUAGCAACAUUCCGUGCUGAUAGUUCUGAUAAGAAAAUGUUCGAACGCCCAAGGUGUCGCGACUGGAGUCCGCUGUCGACGCAGCAGCUGCGGUUACGGAGUUUAAUACAGGUUUCAGGUCACAACAUUACCACAACGUUUUCCUCGUUAGCCGGUCCGGAACGCGGCACGCCACUGCUCGGCGAACGUGGCAAAUGCUUCGUCUACUUCACGCUUCACCAAACGCUCGACUCGGCACCGUUCUACACCAGCGAAAAGCUCGAUCUCCACCGGAACGUGCUGUGGGCGGAUAUAGAGUGCCCGGCAACGAUGAAAUCUUCGUUGCGUGCCGUUUGUGUGCGCGUCUGGGAGCACAUUGCACCAUCCGGCGCUAUGGUUUCACCGCUUCCGGUACCAACAUCAUCGCCAAGUGAUAUUCGACGUCGUAGUAGCGUUACCAUGGGAACCGGAAUAGUUACCCAUCGUGUUGGAGAGCCAGAACAGGAGAAUACGACGGAACCACCGCCAGCACCCAGUCCCGAUCGAGUGCUGUUCGUGUGGGGUGUACACUUUUCCGGGCUCGUGCCAUUGGUGAGGCGCAGCGAAAAGCGCCUCCGACCGAAUACGCUCGUCUUCCAGAUGCACGGAGGCUACUUUACCUCCGCCGACUGCAUACUCGAGCCGGAAGAGCGGCGAGUGGCGCUCGGCGGUCUCGAGCUGCCCAGCGGUCAGGCCAGCAGACCAAAAACACCAAUCAAGCUUUCCUCAUCGCCGGCGUCCGGUGCGAGGCCGAUAACGGCAUCGAUUCCGAUCGAGGGUGCUGGCAGUCGCGGCAGCGGUGGACGCGGAUCUCACUGUGAUACUAGCGGUAAUUCUCCUCUCUUCCUUCCACCUCCGAACCUUCACCAUGCAUCACCGGCCUCCAAUCAUCACUGGUACUUUGCGAAUAGCGUGCAGCAACCGCUACAGUCCUCGGGCUCGCCAGUUUCGGAGACGCGCGGUGGUACGGUCACGGCUUCGGUUAGUCCCACACCGUCGGAACCACCGGAGACGAACUUACGCAUACGCUACCUGCACAUGGAGUUCGGUGCAUCCGAGAUUCGCACCAGCUACGAUCUGGUUCGGUUACUGGCAGUCCAGGAGAGGCAGCGGCGCCUCCGGUAUGAGGCCGACAGCGCGAAAGAGCUGACCGAGCGGAUCUGCAUGAAGAGUGCCUACUGUCUUAAUUUGGAGCUGUUCAACAGUAAACACCCGUCCGUGUACCGGGGACCACCGGCCACCAAUCGAUCCGGUGGCAUGGGAAAGCAGCUAAGCCGGCUGCUGUAUCAGGAGCGGGAACCGAUUGAUCCGGCGAUGCUGCUCCGUGGACAGGAGUUACGGCGCCAAAUCGAGCGGGCCCGCUUCCGGUGUCGGUUGCUGGCCCAAGAGCGCGAACGAGCGUUGAUGGUGAUACAAAGUUUACGCUACAAGCUCCAUGCGCUAUCCGAUGCGAACAUCGAGCGGGAAUCCACACUGAUGGAACGGUAUCGGACGUAUGGGCGGGAAAAGGAACAACUUAGCUAUCGGCACACCACCUUAGCUAACUAUCAGGAGCGUGUCCGUGAGGCACGGGCCGAGAUGUGGCAGGCCAAGCAGAAACAGCUAAGAAUGCUGAAUGAUAUCUUUUACAUCAAAAAGACUGCCGUGGGAAUGUACACGAUCAAUGAUGUACCGUUGCCGAACGCUGAAUCCUAUCCCGAUUCGACUCCCGCACUAGCGCUUAGUGUAGCGCUUGGAUUCGUGGCACAGGCCGUCCGUAUGUGCUCAAAGGUUCUGGAUAUCCCGCUCAGAAAUCCUGUAAAACUUGACGGUUCACGGUCGAAAAUAGUGGACACCAUUAAGGUGUUGCCAACGACGGAUCGAGAGUUUCCACUUUUCUGUCGAUCGGGACCAGCACCGAACGCAGUAUUGUAUGCCGUCUACUUGCUGAACCAAAACAUUUCCCAACUCAAGUUCCAGCUCGGCAUGAGUCGUGGUGAUCCGCGGGCGACUCUUGCCAACCUGGAAAGCAUCCUCGCGGUAGUCAGCGUGGAUAGUAAUGGUGCCGCUAUUACUGCCGCUGCUGCUACCUCUACGGGUGGUGGUAAUAGCAGUAACAGCGGAAUGGAAAUCAUUACCGAUGGUGUUACACUCAUCUCGGACAAUCAGCGUCCUCCGUUCCCAAUACCGAGAACGCAGAGCAGCGGUUGUUUCGGUGGGAUUAGCGCAUCGUCCUCGGAUUUGAAGCUGUCGCCCGCUUUCCACUCAUUGUCGCUGGGCGGCGGCGGCAGUAGCAGCGGUAGCAGCAGUAGCAGCUCGUACCUCCGCGAUAGUCCCUCUAGCCGAAGGAUAUCGUCCUCGGUUGAUGACUACACGAACCGGUUGCAUCGCUUACCGAUGCCAAGAGGAACCGGGGCCGAUCAGCAGCAUCAGCAACAGCUACAGCAUCAACACCAGCAGCUGUUGCGUGGCUGUGGCAGCAGAUUCUCCUCCGAUCCCAUACUCACCAAAGCCCCGCAACCGCGACCACUCGAGUUUGAGGGUGGGAAAAAGUUUUGAACUAGACAAUGACUUACCUUGCGGUCGGUCGGUCCGAUUCGCGGGCGCCAGCGGCCGAAAUCGUUUUGUUGUUGAUUGUUUUAUUAUUUAAUAUUUAUUGGAACGCACGUGCGGCCAGCAGCGGUCCGGACAGUGGGGAUCCGUGUCCACCGUUUGGUGGUUGAUCGUUCGUUUAAACCGAAUUUCUCGUCGGCGGAUAUUUUGUUAUAGGCGGCGGCAAGAUUGUCUCCACGCAGGUACCCGAGACGGCAUGUGCAUUAGGAGAGAAGGCAUCUACCUUAGUUACGUCUGCCGAGCGAAAACGGACAAAUCAGGAUGUAUGUGAGGUAUGCGCAAAGUGGUAAGAUGUUUAGCAAAAUAAAACUCCUUCGAUCGACCAACGAAACAUGGGUGUACAGCGUUCAUUCUCCAACGAUUAAAAGUCAA